AUGGAGGAAAGCGAUGGCAUCUCGGUUCAUCCUAUGAGGCGUGAGUUGUCCUGCAUUCCACCGCCCAACCAAGCCCAUUUUCUAACUCUUCCUCCAGUCAAGGUUCUCUACACAUUCGAUGAUGAAAGCAAAACCAACUGCCUUGCACGAUGGCCUCAUUUACUUGACAUUCAAACUGCCUUCUUAGAUGAGGAAACGCAGGUUGGAGUUAUCGAACUAAAGACUUGUAUUCAAGCCAUUGUAUCUGCAAGUCCCGAGCUGGUUGCAAAACUUGGUCGAGACUAUACGGUUUAUGCCUAUGAUUAUUCCGAAUACGAGACACCAUUGGUGGGACAAGGGAUGUUAUCAUGGGUUUUGGCUUCCGCUUCGCCAACACCCAAUGCCCCCGCGCAUCAGUCGAAAACUAUGGUGACGGGACGUGUUAGCAAGACUGCCGGGCUUUUCGCGAGGGGCGCACAAGAAACAUUGGAAGUGAAACUAAAAUUGGUCCCAGUACCCACGAUUCUUCAAAGCGAGUAUCUAAACAGCAUGCAAAAGUACAGAGAAUUGAGCUCUGUGAUCCCUCAAGAUUUCGAUUCACAGGCUUGGACGAACUUCAUCCAGGCGAAUCCGGGCUUGUUCGCAGGCAGCAACACGCAACAGGCAGCAGAGCGUGACACACCAGGUGUGAAUAGGUCAGGGAUUGAGAAUGUCCACCGAAUGUUAAGCGAGGGAUCAACGCCACACGACUUUUCCAAUUUGAAUAACUUCCGCGCCGAUUCGCCAGCCCACUUCACGAGUGCUGUGCCAAGUCGAACGUCGACCCCUGGACUUGCAAGACCUGUUACUCAGUCACAAAAAAGAGGCGCUGAGGAAACAUUCAGACCGUCUUCUAGAGGAUCUGUUCACAAUGUAAAUCCUAGCAUACACCGGAGAGGGUCUGUCAUGUCCGGUUACGGGAGUUCGGAUGAAGUUCCCGAAGGCCCAGCACAAAAGAGAGCAAAACUCAUGAAGGCUGAUCUGGAUAAGACGAAUUUGAACAUUGAGCGACAGCCAGGAUCUCUUCGCGUUGCUGCUAGCACUGCGGCUUCCGUGAGAAUACAUCGGCCGACACCUUUGAAUCCUAACAGUCAAGGAAACCAACCUUCAAAUGAUGAUCCAAUUCGCCCACCUACGCCUGUUCCAUCUAUGGCCAACGCGCCAAAUCGCCGAGGAGCUCGUCCCGCUCAAAGUGGGCUUCGACGACAAUCAUCAACCUUUAGCCAGCCUUCACAGGCAUCCUUGUAUGUAUCCGAUGACCGGCGUCCAUCAGAAAUGACAACCAUAUCUCCACCUGAUGAGCAACGUUUUGCAGUGUACUCCGAAACACCGUUUAAUAUGCCUUCCUCACCACCUGUCGUAGACACGACAUGCCCACAGACUUCUAGCCCCGUCCUCCCACCAUUUCCUGAUCAAGACUCCGGGUUUAUGAGCGGGAACAUCGAAGCUCUCGACGAUGAUCAUGUCAAUAAUGAAUAUAAUAAUGUGCAACGGCAGAAUAGCAUGGUUGAGGCAACUAAUUCGCAAAUCCUCUCAAGACCUGGAAAUCAUUCUUCAAACGGAUACCAGUACCGCCAGAUUAUGAGUGAUGGCAUGGCGCCAAUUGGCAAUACCGCAUCCACGCUUCCGCCCCAGCCAAGGAAAGCAACAGGUUCCCGGCCUUCUUCGAGAGCUAGUAUUAGGACUUCGAAACCACUCGCUCCAGCUCCAGCACCAGCUCGACCAGCAACGGCAGGCAAUGCCCAACUCUCACUUCCUCCAGUUCCUGCAAGCGACCCUGUACACCUUGCUCAACAACAACAAACCAACCCCCAAGCCUCGUCAUGUCCGAUGAGUGAUAUGGCCACAGUUUCCACCCCUGCACCUAUAGGCGUCUCAGACGCUAGGAUUAGAAGUGGCGCUGGGGCAAGGCGUGUGAAGCAAGUUCAAGCACGUCUAGACCAAUGCAUCAAACAAGGGACGGUACCCCCAUAUUGCGAGAAUUGUGGAGCUAUUGAAACCACGACAUGGAGACGAGCUUGGUCUAAAGUUAUCGAAGGCAGUGCAGAGGACGCGAACGCCUCUAGAAACGAUCCUGGAAUGCUAUUUUGGGAAGCGGUCGAUACCGAAUCCGAUGGGGCGGUGACCUCGUACAAACAAUUCAAGAAGUCACUAGCUAAUGAGGAUAAGGAUUAUAUUCAGCUUCUGCUUUGCAAUCCCUGUGGACUAUGGCUUCAUAAGUUCAAGAACAUGCGCCCAGAAAAUAAAUGGAACAAACCUCCGCCGAAAGACAAGAGGAAACGGAAAUCUAAUAGGAGACCUCCAGCGGUCCCCGCAGCCUCAACCCGCUCACAGAUGAGACUUUUGGCGGCCAAACGCUCGGAAUCCUCCCCACCACCAACGGAAGCUUCGUCUCCCAACGAUGAACAGACCACGCCAAAAAACGGGAAGGGCUUGGGAAACAAUCGUGUUUCCCAGUGCCGUUCAAGUACCAGGAGAGCUAAUAGCGCAGAACCGCAAAAGUCGACGACUAAUAACGAUCGUUGGAAACAGGAAGAUGCUUUUGAAGCACUCAGACGAGCCAUCCAAUCCAGCCCAGCGAGGAACCUAGAAACGCGCAAUAACUCGUUUAUGGAGCCUAAUCUUACACCUAAACCUGUUCGAAGGACUUUAUUCCAAUCGUCAAAAGAUGACAAUGCCAUGAAAACCCUCACCGAGGCUUUAGUCAACAGUGUGAGACGUAGUCCCCGAUCGAGCCCCAAAAAGUCAAAGCAGAACACCAGCCCAAAAGGAAAAUCACAACUUCCGGAUGAUGGCCUUGAUCACCUUUUUGAAGGAGGGGAGGAUGGGCUUUUCGACCUGGAAACCCCAAACAGCCCAAGCCCAAAACAGAAAGACCGCUCAAACACACAAACUAUCAAUAAAGAAAAUUUGAAUACACCGUCAAAAGCGCCAAAUACCUCUAGAGAACAACAAACCUUAGGGCAAGCAAUCGAUGCCGGUAAAAACCCGAGCGGCGAAAGUGGCAUCUCAUCCUUCUGGAAUAGCCCAAAUUCAAGAAGCUUUGAGACAAUUGAUGGCUUGGUUUUGAACAUUUUUGAGUCGGACCAAGAAUCCCUAGCGCAGACCGAUGCUUUUCAAUCUUUCGUACCGUCAAAACCUGCAAACGGGGCUUGGGCCGACUGGGAUGCGUCUGAUUAUAUCUCGCCAAAAACUUCAGAAGGAGCUGAAGGACUAGCAGAUAAACAAGGACAGAAUAGCACUGCAUCUAACGAGGACAAUACGCGAUUUUCGACAUCCCCUGGCCUUUGCAAUGAAGACGCACCUAACGAGGUUUCAGACUCCCGGGCCAACGAAGAAGCGGAACUCAGAUCUCUUCUUCUAGCAUCUACCAGCGAGUAUAUGAGAUUCAAUGAUGCCUCGGGCAUUUCGGACUCCGAUAUUUUUGACCCUGCCUUGGUGGAUCCAGAGUUGUUGAACAGCAUGUGGGACAAGGAUGACAUUCUUACUUCCCCGUCCAGCAGCAAGGGCACUGGUGUGGAACAAUUUGACGCUGAAGUUAUUUCGGCAAUUAUCCAGGAGGUUACUAGUAAGACUGGUACUACCUAA